AUGGACUCGAACCAGUACGAGGCCGGCAGUGGCCGCGUAUUGAGCCACUUUGCAAGUCUCAUGACGCCUGAUACGUCCAAGAAAAGCGACUGGAAGCGUCAGUCCUUGCGCUCUUCUGACUCUGCGUCCAGCAGUUCCAUCCGACAGUCCAAGCAAGUCAAAAACGUGUUUGAUGAUUAUGUACUGGAUAAUAGAACAGAAAGCAGUGAUAUGAGCAGUGAUAUGAGCGCUGGGACGGUCAAAUCGUACCCACUGAGCUUCUCACCGCCAUGUCACAGUCUCAAGAAGUCGAACGCUGUUGUAGCAGAUCGUUCGACGUUAAGAAGCUCACUGGGAACGAGUUAUAGGACGGAGGAUUCAAUUGAAGCUAUGGAAGAGGAGACGUACUCACCUGUAACGUCUUCAGUGAAAUUUCUCAUGAGUCGAGACCCUGACGAGGAAGAACGAGUACUUUAUUCCAAGUCAGACAGAGAUAAAGUGUAUUUAUACAAAAAGAGAUAUACGGACACGUACGAGCAUGCAGUUGCAUUACUGAAACAUGCAGCGUCACUGGAGCGUGAACGUGCAGACAAACAGUCGGAUCUCGAAUAUUUAAGGUCAACGGUUCAGACACAGACACAAAUUAUCAACACACUGAGUGAGAAUCAGCAAUUGAGUGAACCGACAGAUCACCAGCAAGAAAAGCAGAUACAGGCUCUUUGUCGUGAAGUCACGGGGCUCGUGAUGCAGUUGAGUCAGCGUGAUUCGCUUAUCAAUAGUCUACAAAACGAACGAGAUAAAUCAGUAGAAGUGAUUAAUGAGCUCAAGAUGUCGCAGGGUCUGGGGUCGACUAGUGGAAGCGAAUCAAUGCAGUCUACUGACGUGUUUCGUGAUAAGCUUGAGACUGCGCUUCGUGACAAGCAGGAAGCUCUGGAGAGAGAAUCUCGAUUGAAAGUGCAGCUGAAAGAUCUGCAACAACUUUACGACAAGUGUGAAGCUGCGAGGUCAGCGCUUUCCGACGGGCUAGAUCGAGCUGAGAAGCAGACUACAGCGUUGCAUGCUCAGUGGAUCCAGGAAAAGAAGGAAAUGCUGGCUUCGGUACAAGAAGAUGACCAGAAGUCGGCCAAACUUUGCGAGUGCGAGCGACUGCGGAAGGAUAACAAAACCGUAAAGGCUUCUCUCUUCCAGCUAUCGGAAAAUGAGAAGAAACACCAAUUGAUGAUGAAGGCUCAAAAGCAAGUUGUUGACAAUUCCCUGGCGCAUAUAGCACAACUACAAUCAGAGCUGAACGAGCUACGACCGCAACAGCGUGACCUAAGUGAGAGAGAGACAAGGAUAAACGCGCUGGAAAGGGAUUUAUCUGGCUCGAGGGAGAAGCUUCGACGCUGUUUGAUGCGCGUGAAGGAGCUCGAAGAACGGCUUGAGCAAAGAGAAAAAGAAGUCCAAGCUACCAAAGUACGAGUCCUGGAGCGUGCUACUUUUUUGGAGCAGAGAGUAUUUGAUGCUGAAGCAGUUCGACGAAGCCUCCAUAAUAAGGUGAUGGAACUGAAAGGAAAUAUCCGUGUAUUCUGUCGCGUCCGGCCAGUUCUGCGACACGAACUCGCAAACUCAAGAGGUGAAGAGAUAUUUGCAUUUCCCGACUACCGCACUGAGCGACGACAGAUCGAGCUUAGCGCAAAUCCGAAGUCCCACGUGGGCUACGGCCAAAGUGGAUCGAGGAGCAUUGUCAAAAAGUACAACUUUGACUUCGAUUUUGUGUUCGAUAGCAAGUGUUCGCAAGAAGACGUUUUCUUGGAGGUGUCUGCGCUGAUUCAGUCUGCUUUGGAUGGGUACAACGUGUGCGUCUUUGCCUACGGUCAAACUGGAUCUGGAAAAACGUAUACUAUGCAGGGGAAGGAGAAGGACUACAAUUCUAAGCUGAUGGAGUCAUCACCGGACAUGGGAAUUGUUGGUCGAGCAAUUCUUCAUAUCUUUGCGGGCAUAGAUGAUUUAAGGUCAAGUGGAUGGAGUUUUGUUACAAGUCUGGAAUUGGUUGAGAUUUACAACGAAACUCUGCGCGACCUGCUUGCACCUGCCGAAUCUACAGAUAAAAUAGAUCUACGCCUAGAUAGCGAGGGCAAGAUUGCUGUGGUGAAUUCGUGUAUUCGUAAGGUUCAGAGCAGCCAAGAGGCAUGGAGUCUCCUACAAGGGGCAAUGUCCAAGAGAUUGACCAAAUCUACCAAAUUGAACAACAGAUCUUCACGCAGCCAUUGCGUGAUCACAUUUAGGCUAAGCGGAAAGAAUUCGCUGACUGGAGACCAACGAACAGGCGUUAUCAAUCUUGUCGACCUGGCGGGAUCCGAGCGCCUAUCGAAGUCGGGUAGCGAUAGCAACAAGGAACUUCUAAAAGAGGCCACAUCCAUUAAUAAGAGUCUUUCGGCAUUAGGCAACGUGAUAUGCGCCCUCGCAAAGAAGUCGACACAUGUUCCAUUUCGUGAUUCGAAAUUGACAUACUUUUUGAGUUCCUCGCUUGGCGGAGAUAGCAAGACACUUAUGAUCUGCAAUUUGUCACCGCUAGGCAACCACCGCGACGAAACGCUAAACUCGCUUCGCUUUGCUAAAAUGGUGAACUCCUGUGAGAUCGCGUACCCGUCCACGGUAUACCCAGUCGAUCGUAGACACCAACGGGAAUGA